CCUCGUGGUGGAGACCAUGAUCAUCUCAGACCAGAUCAAAGCAGAGGACCGGGCCAAUGUGCUGAGAGCCCUGCUGCUCAAACACAGACUCCCUCAAACCAGUAUCCUAGCAGCUCUUCUGGACUUACCUGUAAAGUCAGAAUGGUAUCAACUUCAAAAACUAACAUCCCCUAUCUUGCAUGUUUCUCCUGAAAAGAAAGAGACAUUGCAGAAGAGGAUGUGGACAAUCCACCCCAAUGAUGAGAAAGAUGUGUUCUUCCCACGGAACCCCUCUGCCUCUAGCGUGGGUUCGGUGAUGGCCAGUCACCACCACAACCACAACCACACCACAGACACGUGUCUCCCCCCAGUGGGAGAGGAGAAAAUUGAACUGCAUGACACCAAAUCCCAGGGUUCAGAGGUAGGUUUAUAUUACAGUACUGUUUACACUGGCUUGUCAGUUCUUUUGAGACCAAAGAAGGUCUCUUUUUAGAAUGGAUUUAACAUUUAAGUUAUUGGAAAUCCUAUUUUAAUUUUUAUUUUG